AUGAAUGAUUUUAUGAUUCAUUUAGCUGAUAAAAUAUGGCCAGAAGGAAAACGAUAUGUUUUUUGUUAUGAUGCUCAAAUAAAUGAGAAAAGUGAUAUAAAAAGUUGUCAUGCUAAAGAUGGUAAUCCAUUUGGACCAUUUUGGUCAUAUUUUAAUAUUGAUUUUGAUGGUGAUGUUUUUUUUCAACCACUUUUUUAUGAUAUUAUUAAUCCAAAUGGUUGGAAUACAAAAUAUCCAUCAACAAAAUAUCCUGUUCUUGCAUUUAGUGGACCACCAGGAACUGAUCAACGUAAUGUUCCUAUAGCAAAAUAUUUUAUUUAUUCAAAUUAUAUUCAAGAACAAGCAGAGAAUUUUCUAAAUAAACAUCAAAUAUCACCAGAUACUUUACUAGCUAUACAUUUAAGAAAUGGAAUAGAUUUCGAACGAGCAUGUACAUAUGCAAGUGAAAAAUCGAAUUUUUUUGCAUCUGCACAAUGUCUUGGUUAUAAUCUUGAAAAAGGUAUUAAAUUAACACAUGAUAUAUGUUAUCCAUCUGAAGAUAUGAUUUUACAACAAACUGAAAAAAUGAUUCAAAAAUCAAAAUUAACUGUUUUAUAUAUAGCUGCUGAUGGAAAUCAUAUGUUAGAUAAAUUUCAAAAACAUUUUAUGAAAAAAUAUGAUAUAAAAAUUAUUAAAUAUGAACGAUCAUCAAAUCAAAGUGAAGGUGAAGCAGCACAUAUAGAUUUAUAUAUAUUAAGUAUUGCAAAAAAUGCAAUUGUUAAUUGUCCAUCAACAUUUUCAGCAUUUGCAAAACGACAACGAGAUAGAUUUGAUAAAUCAACAGAUUUUUGGGGUAUUGAUAAUGAUAAAUUAAUCAAUGAACAAAAUUCUGAUCUUUAG